AUGAUUUUAAGGUUAAAUAUUAAUGGUCCUGUUCUUUCUGGGAGCGACAUCAAGCAUUCAAGGCAACGAGCGGCGGCUACACUGUCGACUUCAUACAUUUGCAAGGGCAGUCACAAGAAGGCGGCCGCCAGAGAUGAUAUUUACCUGACCACUGUCUUUGCUGGUCUUGAAGAUGACUUGACUCCGGCAUUCAACUCACCAACUGAUGAAUGCGCAAGGAAGGCCGCACGACCGGCAUCCAUUCCGUUAUCUGAAGAUAUGAUAGAGGAGGGUUUUUUCGUAAGGAAUCAGCGCCAUAGUGCAGGUUGCGGUUGCAGUGUAUGCGCGAGACUCCGCGACAUGCUGGAUCUUACGAAACAUUCGGCAGACCUAUCGAUCAGACACGCUCAUUUUUCAUGUCCGAUAUUCGUGUGCGUCGAUGACGGUUUCGUCGUUGGGAAGAGGCAACAGAGGCAUCAUAUUCCUGGUUGUCGGUGCCCUAACUGCAACCACUUGCGCUUUAAGAGGGAUGCGGGAAUUGUAAAGUGUGUCACUCUCUCCACGAGUUUGCUCCAUGAUCUAGUCGGUAUCGAUAUGUGCCACCAAGUUGUUCUAGAUGCCGAGUGCGAAGCUCUUCGCCGUGCUAAGAUAAGUGCUGCUAAUAAAGGUAAUGCUGCAUGGAAUAAGGGAAGGCAACAUUCUCCGGAGACGAUUGCUCGAAUAAAGAAAGCCACCGCUAAAGCAAUGCGAAAUCCCGCUGUGCGGCGUAAAAUGAGAGAAGCAGCAGUGCGAAAUUCUCACAGCGACACUACCAAAUUGAAGAUUCGUCGCACAGUUCUUGAUAACGCAUGCCGGAAGCAAAGAGCUAUGAAUAUGGCAAAAUCAAAAAAUGACGGUUUGCGAAGAGGUAAGGUGGGUGUUUGCACUACGGGUACAUUUGCUAGACGUGUGAGUGGUGUGCAGUCAGCAAGCUUCGGCAUUUGGACUAAGUUUGGCUUGGAACAACGUGAGGUACACAAGAAGAACGCAAUGAGUGCUUUCAGGAAGGUGGCGAGACAGAGCAAUAUUCAGAUGGUAAAAGAUAUCGAGCACAGGCCGAUGAAUGCUGGAGCGAAGCGCUUACGGUCUAAUCGAGGUGUUCCCAAGACUGCAGAACACAGGGCUGCUAUUUCAGCUGCGCUCAAGGCAAAGUGGGAAGAUCCUGCUUACAUUCUGAGUCAAAAGAAGGCCAGUAGUAUACGCAAGCACCAGUCCACCGCCUCAGGAAAUCAUCGGGCAAGACAAAAAGAAGAAUUGAAUCAAGCGUGGCGACGUCGUGCGGAGCUCGUCAACGAGGUGCAGGAUUUUUUUUCUCAAGCAACAGCAGCAGUCAAAGCACUUGAGAAGCAAAAAACGGCAGGAAUAGAUGUUGACGAGUUGAUGCUGAUGAAGGCUCUCGCUGCUGUAGCUGAAACGCGCAAGGUGCUCGAGUCUGUUGAAACUAUCUCGCAGGUAGAUAAAACCCCUGGUGAAGUCAGAGACGCAAAGUGA